AUGCUCGCGCCGCUUCCGCGCCUGACGAGCGCGCUCCGUGGCCACUACGACGCCGAUCAGGCCUACCUCCUCCGCAAGAGCGCCCUCCAGGCCCUCACCCUCUUCAGGCCGCAUGACGAGUGGAAGCUUGCGCGGAAAAUCGUGCCUGGCUGGGACGAUGCUUCCAGCGAAGUGUGCCAGGCGUAUAAGCAAUUUAUCGGGGCCAUUGUGGAGUUGUUGAGCGGAGAGGCAGUGUCUGAAGAACUCUAUGAAGUUGCUCAAACUGUGUAUGCCCUAUUUGGUGGCGAUGACACGGAGUAUGUUGCUGCCGAAAGAGCCCUUUCGAAAAGGAAUGAGUUGGAGAGCCUUGUGGGCUACACCGUACAAGACUCAGUUUUGAAAAAGCUAGCUCAGUUAGCUCAGAAGCUCGGUUCCCUUCAACGAGCAAGUGCCCAUGAAUCUGUACACAGAAUAGCGGAUGAUGUAAAUGAAAAUGAUAGAAUUGAAUUUGGAGCAGACUUCGAUUUCAAGCCACCUGCCCGUUUCAUUGUUGAUGUUUCUCUUGACGUACCCUUAGAAAGUACUGAAUUGGGCAGUGGUCCAUUUGAAAAAGGGCAGUAUGAUGCUUGGAGCACAUCCACAACUAGUCAUUCAACUGCUGUUAGGGAUUCUGUGAGUUUGAGGUGGCUGAAAGAUCAGUGUGCUUUGAUAACUAAAAGUGGUGGCUCGAUGCUCUCAGGAGAUGAACUUGCAAUGACCUUGUGCAGAGUGCUCCUAUCAAAUAAAGCAGGCGAUGAGAUAGCUGGUGAACUGUUGGACCUGGUUGGCGACACUGCUUUUGAAAUAGUUCAGGAUCUUCUUUUGCACAGGAAAGAGCUAGUAGAUGCAAUUCAACAUGGAUUGUCGAUACUGAAAUCUGAGAAAAUGACCUCAGGUAAUCAACCAAAGAUGCCAACUUAUGGCACACAGGUAACUGUACAAACAGAGUCUGAACGCCAGCUUGAUAAGAUUAGGAGGAAAGAGGAAAAACGCAGCAAGCGUGGUGCAGACAGUGGCAAUAGCGAUAUUGGUGUUGAUGAUUUUUCAUCCCUUCUUUUGGCAAGUGAACGAAAGAAACCAUUUGAUGACGUGAUUGGUACUGGAGAAGGGUCGGAUAGUUUUACAGUAACUUCCCUUCCUCAAGGAACCACAAGGAAACACAUGAAGGGGUAUGAAGAAGUGAAGAUUCCACCAACUCCAACAGCAUCACUGAAACCCAAUGAGAAGCUGAUUGAAAUAAGAGAAUUAGAUGAGCUCGCCCUGUUAGGAGUGAAUGAACUCUGUGCAUUACGGUGGGCUUCAGCCCAAACAUGUACAUGGGCAAAUAUGCAUAGAAGCCCUUACACAAAGAGGAAAUAG